GUUGUCAGGUCGUCAACGGAGAUGCUGAAGCCAGGGGUGCUCUGUCUGGCCCUGCUGGCCCUCACAGCUGCCAUAACAUGCCCAGACGGAGGGACGUGUGACGACGGCAGCACUUGCUGCCAGAGAUCCUCUGGCAGAUAUGGCUGCUGUCCCCUGCCAAACGCUGUGUGCUGUGAAGAUCACCUACACUGCUGCCAUGAAGGUACAGUCUGUGAUCUGAAGCACUCCAAGUGCAUCAAUGAAACACACUCACUGGCCUGGCUGAAGCGAGUCCCUGCUAAACUGCCAGGAUUCCCUCAGUCUUUUCCCAUGAUCCAUGCAUCCUCCAGAAAUGAGGAUUAUGGUAGUAUCUGUCCUGACAACACACAUUGCCCCUUCGAAUACACCUGCCUGAAGUCCCACAAUGCAUACGAAUGCUGUCCCUUAACUCAGGGUGUCCUGUGUUCAGAUGGGAAACACUGUUGUCCAGAAGGCCAUCUGUGCAGUGAAGAUGGGCAUUCCUGUGUCAAGCAAGCAGGGCGUGUUGAUGCAGUCAUCUGCCCCGAUGAGGCAUCAGAAUGUCCAGAACAGACAACCUGCUGUCAACUCCCAGACAGCAGCUGGGGGUGCUGCCCCAUGGCAAAGGCUGUGUGCUGUGAGGAUAAGAUACACUGCUGCCCUGAGGGUGACACCUGUGACCUAGUUCACGGCAAGUGUCUGUCGCCCCAUGGAGAGAGGCCUAUGUGGAAAAAGUUCCCCGCCCGCAGGAGGGAGGCGUGGGAGGACCAAACUGCUGUCAGGGAGACACCAGAUGUGGAUGGGACAUCUGUAAUCUGUCCAGAUGGGAAAGCGUGCCAAGAUGGCAUGACCUGCUGCCAGUUAAGCAACGGCUCUUACGGCUGCUGUCCCUUCCCCAAUGCUGUGUGCUGUGAGGACCAUAAACACUGCUGCCCCGAGGGCACCCAGUGCGACCUGGCCCACAGAGCUUGUAUAUCUCCCAGUGGGAGCAGAGGCUGGGCGACCAAGCUUCAAGCUCUGAGGAUGCCUCCGCGAGAGAUCAAAGCUAAGAAUGUUCCCUGCAAUGACUCUGUGGCCUGUCCUGAUGGGAGCACCUGCUGCAAGACAGCCUCAGGAGACUGGGCCUGCUGCCCCCUGCCUCAGGCAGUGUGCUGUGAGGACCACCAACACUGCUGCCCCCAUGGCACCACCUGUGACCCAUCUGGGAGCAAAUGUGACAACGCCACAGUCUCCGUGCCGUGGCUGAAGAAGGUACCGGCUCUGACCCUGCAGCCUCACAAAGCAGGAGUCGUAGCAUGUGACUCGAGCCACGCCUGUCCUGAUGGGAGCACCUGCUGCAAGACAGCCUCAGGAGACUGGGCCUGCUGCCCCCUGCCUCAGGCAGUGUGCUGUGAGGACCACCAACACUGCUGCCCCCAUGGCACCACCUGUGACCCAUCUGGGAGCAAAUGUGACAACGCCACAGUCUCCGUGCCGUGGCUGAAGAAGGUACCGGCUCUGACCCUGCAGCCUCACAACGCAGGAGUCGUACCAUGUGACUCGAGCCACGCCUGUCCUGAUGGGAGCACCUGCUGCAAGACAGCCUCAGGAGACUGGGCCUGCUGCCCCCUGCCUCAGGCAGUGUGCUGUGAGGACCACCAACACUGCUGCCCCCAUGGCACCACCUGUGACCCAUCUGGGAGCAAAUGUGACAACGCCACAGUCUCCGUGCCGUGGCUGAAGAAGGUACCGGCUCUGACCCUGCAGCCUCACAACGCAGGAGUCGUAGCAUGUGACUCGAGCCACGCCUGUCCUGAUGGGAGCACCUGCUGCAAGACAGCCUCAGGAGACUGGGCCUGCUGCCCCCUGCCUCAGGCAGUGUGCUGUGAGGACCACCAACACUGCUGCCCCCAUGGCACCACCUGUGACCCAUCUGGGAGCAAAUGUGACAACGCCACAGUCUCCGUGCCGUGGCUGAAGAAGGUACCGGCUCUGACCCUGCAGCCUCACAACGCAGGAGUCGUACCAUGUGACUCGAGCCACGCCUGUCCUGAUGGGAGCACCUGCUGCAAGACAGCCUCAGGAGACUGGGCCUGCUGCCCCCUGCCUCAGGCAGUGUGCUGUGAGGACCACCAACACUGCUGCCCCCAUGGCACCACCUGUGACCCAUCUGGGAGCAAAUGUGACAACGCCACAGUCUCCGUGCCGUGGCUGAAGAAGGUACCGGCUCUGACCCUGCAGCCUCACAACGCAGGAGUCGUAGCAUGUGACUCGAGCCACGCCUGUCCUGAUGGGAGCACCUGCUGCAAGACAGCCUCAGGAGACUGGGCCUGCUGCCCCCUGCCUCAGGCAGUGUGCUGUGAGGACCACCAACACUGCUGCCCCCAUGGCACCACCUGUGACCCAUCUGGGAGCAAAUGUGACAACGCCACAGUCUCCGUGCCGUGGCUGAAGAAGGUACCGGCUCUGACCCUGCAGCCUCACAACGCAGGAGUCGUACCAUGUGACUCGAGCCACGCCUGUCCUGAUGGGAGCACCUGCUGCAAGACAGCCUCAGGAGACUGGGCCUGCUGCCCCCUGCCUCAGGCAGUGUGCUGUGAGGACCACCAACACUGCUGCCCCCAUGGCACCACCUGUGACCCAUCUGGGAGCAAAUGUGACAACGCCACAGUCUCCGUGCCGUGGCUGAAGAAGGUACCGGCUCUGACCCUGCAGCCUCACAACGCAGGAGUCGUAGCAUGUGACUCGAGCCACGCCUGUCCUGAUGGGAGCACCUGCUGCAAGACAGCCUCAGGAGACUGGGCCUGCUGCCCCCUGCCUCAGGCAGUGUGCUGUGAGGACCACCAACACUGCUGCCCCCAUGGCACCACCUGUGACCCAUCUGGGAGCAAAUGUGACAACGCCACAGUCUCCGUGCCGUGGCUGAAGAAGGUACCGGCUCUGACCCUGCAGCCUCACAAAGCAGGAGUCGUAGCAUGUGACUCGAGCCACGCCUGUCCUGAUGGGAGCACCUGCUGCAAGACAGCCUCAGGAGACUGGGCCUGCUGCCCCCUGCCUCAGGCAGUGUGCUGUGAGGACCACCAACACUGCUGCCCCCAUGGCACCACCUGUGACCCAUCUGGGAGCAAAUGUGACAACGCCACAGUCUCCGUGCCGUGGCUGAAGAAGGUACCGGCUCUGACCCUGCAGCCUCACAACGCAGGAGUCGUACCAUGUGACUCGAGCCACGCCUGUCCUGAUGGGAGCACCUGCUGCAAGACAGCCUCAGGAGACUGGGCCUGCUGCCCCCUGCCUCAGGCAGUGUGCUGUGAGGACCACCAACACUGCUGCCCCCAUGGCACCACCUGUGACCCAUCUGGGAGCAAAUGUGACAACGCCACAGUCUCCGUGCCGUGGCUGAAGAAGGUACCGGCUCUGACCCUGCAGCCUCACAAAGCAGGAGUCGUAGCAUGUGACUCGAGCCACGCCUGUCCUGAUGGGAGCACCUGCUGCAAGACAGCCUCAGGAGACUGGGCCUGCUGCCCCCUGCCUCAGGCAGUGUGCUGUGAGGACCACCAACACUGCUGCCCCCAUGGCACCACCUGUGACCCAUCUGGGAGCAAAUGUGACAACGCCACAGUCUCCGUGCCGUGGCUGAAGAAGGUACCGGCGUUGUUUCAGAUAUCUAAUGAAGUUGACUCCAUGCCAAGAUUCACUGCUCAGUUGGACAACAUCCAGUGCAAUUCCAGCACCAGCUGUCCGAAGGACACCACCUGCUGUUUUGUGAAGAGGACUGGUAAAUGGGGCUGCUGCCCUCUUCCAAAGGCAGUGUGCUGUGCAGACGGAGAACACUGUUGUCCCUUCGGCUACAAGUGCAAUGAGAGACGUACGUCAUGCUCCAAGGGUCGAAUUGUCAUCCCCUGGUACACGAAGACUGAGGCUCUCAUCAGCUCUGGCUUGCCCACGGACGUGGAAUGUGACUCUCACAGCAGCUGUCCUACUGGCUCCACUUGCUGCUCGCUUCCCAAGGGACAGUGGGGCUGCUGCCCUCUGGAAAAGGCUGUGUGCUGCUCAGACCAGAAGCACUGCUGCCCCCAGGGCUACACCUGCAACCCGGAGUCAGGUAACUGUGAGAAGAUGAGUGGAAUGAGGGUGCAGCAAGUCCCCCUGGCUCAUUUCUCUGAGCCAGAGCGACAGCCCAGACCCGUCGUGGGACAGGACGUCCAGUGCGGCGAUAAUUACCUUUGCUCUGACGAGGAGACCUGCUGCCGGACCUCUGCCACCACCUGGGCUUGCUGCCCAUAUCCACAGGCCGUGUGCUGCAGUGAUAUGAAACACUGCUGCCCCGCUGGCUUCACCUGUGAUCCUAAGGGUGGCUCUUGCUCCAAAUCAGCAAGGCUCAGAUGGGACAGCUGGGAUAUGUCCUUUGGCGCAAGGAGACCGUUUCUCCAGUUGUGAUGCUGAGCCAAUCCAGUCGCACUGAUCUACACUCCACACCCAUUCAUGAUUACACAGAACACAGCAUUGGACAUGCUCAAACAUGCUUUCUUUCACUUCUUAAUUUUUCUCUCUCAUGGUUAAUCGAGAAAUGCUAACUUUUAAAUUGUGGCUCAUUUUGUACAGAUGAGAGUUGUAAGGUUGGUGGCCCUUUUUUCACUGAGUCACGUCUUAGCCUCAGCUGAAACCUGAACAGAACUGUACUGUAAGUUGAAGCCUAUUAUUUGAUUUUAAUGACUGAACUGACUGCUUUACUAUAAAUGCACUUUUUCAUUCAACCUCACACUAACUCUGACACUGUAUCACGCAAUCAACUGGGUUUUGAAUUACCUCAGGGGUUUGUCAUUAAACAUUACCAUGACUUUAAAUUUAACACAUUUACCAAGAAUGCUGGAAGGAAACUUUAAGAUAGCAGUAUUAAACACUGAUUGUAGAGCAAUUAUAAUGAAAGCAUGGUUCCACUGAGGUUCAUGGAUGUACGACAUUUUUAAAUGACUUCAUAUUAUUGAAAAUAAGUUUAAAAUAAAGUGAGAGAUGGUACAUUAGGACAUACCUCUUUCUGGGUAUGAUCCCAAUUUGGAAUUCAGGGAGAAGUAUGAAUGUAUGUAUUUCAACAUUAUUCUUCUCUUGCUAAUUUUUAGCAUGGAACACAGAGGUGUGGUCCAUAACUGCACUGAAAGAUAAGUAAACACCUCUGGUAUGAAAUGCGUGUUUGCUUUGAUCAGAAUAAUAUUUUAAGAGGUGUAUGGACAGUUGUUCCCUGUUAGGAAACUAUUUUAUGUAUUGUGACUAUGCACUGAGCUUGUCUGUUUAAACAAAGUUGUAGAAUUGAUAUAUUGAAGGUAAAUUAGUCAAGUAAUUACGUAGAUUCUGAUUAGCUGUGUUUCCUUUUCAUGUCCUAAUAGUCAGUUGUUUACCCAGAUUCCUCAUUGUCAUUAUUUUAUCAGUAGGAUCUCUGUAUGGCAGCAAAGGGUUCUGGGAGAAGUGUUCAGGGAUACAUAACAAUACAGCAAUACAUAACAAGCAAUAUUGGCAAUAUUGCCGU